AGGAAGAGGCACAGAGGAAAAAAAAAAAACAAGAUGGCAGCGGGCUCGGAGCACGGGCUAAAAAGGAUAGUUUGGAAAAGAAUACAAGACACAAUUAUUGCAGACUGCAGAAAAUCUGAAAUAUGGAAGAUAUUAAUUCUGGACCCCUUCACCACCAAACUCCUCUCAACAUGCUGCAAAAUGUCCGAUCUGAUGGCAGAGAAAAUAACAAUUGUGGAGGAUCUGUACAAAAGCAGAGAGCCUGUUCCAGAAAUGAAGGCCAUCUACUUUAUGACACCUACAUCUAAGUGUGUGGAGGCCUUUAUAGCCGAUUUCAAGACCAAACCCAAAUACAAAGCAGCGUACGUCUAUUUCACUGACUACUGCCCCGAUGACCUGUUCAAAAACAUGAAGCUGUACUGUGCAAAGUACAUACGCGUCUGUAAGGAAAUAAACAUCUCCUUCAUGCCUCAGGAGGCACAAGUUUUCACCUGUGGUAAUCCCGGAGCUUUCCGAAGCAUCUACAGUCCCAAAAGUCAGGACAAAAGGAAGACACUGGAGAUGCUGGCAGACCAGCUUGUCACGCUCUGUGCCACAUUGGACGAGUACCCGGGGAUCCGAUAUAAGAAAGACAGCAACAUGGAUAAUGCCAGAAUCCUUGCAGAGAUGGUGGACAACAGGCUGGCCAGGCACUAUGAGCUGGAUGACAGUGGCAAGAAAAAGGAAAAGACCCAGGCCCAGUUGCUGAUACUGGAAAGAGGUUUUGACCCUGUGAGCCCCAUCCUGCACGAGCUGACCUACCAGGCCAUGGCCUACGACCUCAUUGACAUCAAGAACGACACCUAUAAGUACAAGUCUAGAGAUGGCUCAGAGAAGCAGGCAAAACUGAAUGAGGAUGACAUGCUCUGGGUCAAGCUGAGGCACAAGCACAUCGCCGAGGUGUCAGAGCAAAUUCCCAAGAUGUUAAAGGAGAUAUCUGCGAGCAAGAAACAGCCAGAUGGGAAGAUCACAAUUAGCAAUUUGGCUCAAAUGAUGAAGAAGAUGCCUGCAUUCCGUAAACAGAUGACUGAGAAAACGAUUCAUCUCCAGCUGGCUGAGGACUGCAUGAAACAUUACGGAGAAAAUGUGGAGAAACUCUGCAAAGCUGAGCAGGACCUUGCAGUGGGUUCAGAUGUGGAUGGGGUGAAGGUGAAAGAUCCCAUGAGGACUCUGCUGCCUGUGCUGCUGAACCCAUACAGUAAAUAUGACAAGAUCAGAGCUGUGCUGCUCUACAUCUUCAGCCUCAACGGAACAACAGAAGAGAACUUACACAAACUUAUUGAACAUGUGAAGAUCGAGGGAGAACCGGAGUUCAUCCAGAACUGGAAAGAACUGGGUGUGCCCAUCAUCACAACGCCUAGUUUCUUCUCUCGUAAACCAACCCGACGGGAUCGUAACCAGGAUGAGACGUACAGCCUUUCGAGAUGGACCCCUGUGAUAAAAGAUGUGAUGGAGGAUGCCGUAGAGAACAAACUGGACACCAAAGAGUGGCCGCACCAGUCCGAGUGUCCUGCUGCCUGGAACGGCUCUGGGGCUGUCAGUGCACGGCAGAAACACAGAGCCAGCACUCAGGAGGACCGCCGGACCGGCUCACGUCUCAUCAUCUUUGUUAUCGGAGGAAUCAGCUGCUCUGAGAUGCGCUGUGCCUAUGAGGUCACCAAGGCAGUGAAAUCCUGUGAGGUCAUCAUAGGGUCUUCCCACAUUUUGACCCCCACCAUUCUCCUGGAUGACAUCAAGUCUCUGAGCAAAGGCCCCAUGGAAAGCUUUACAAUAGAGGACGAGCACAACAUUUAAGAAGUUUGCCCACCCAACAUUUCCCCGGAAACCCCCUGUUUCUUUACACCCCAUAUCACUCAGCACAGCACACUCAGCUCAGCUUCCUCAGUGGAAAUCUGAAGGGAAUUUCCUUUAUAGUCAUUUUUAUAUCUUUUCAAACCAACUCCAUGUUUGUAAUGGGAGGGAUGAGGAGCUCAGAAUAUGAUCUGAUGAUGACAUUGUGAUUUGAAUAUAUAGAUAAUAUUAAAAACUAAUUGACCUCAUCCUACUAACAGAAUUUUGUGUAAAGAUGAUCCAACCUGCCUGUUUGUCAUGUAAAAAAAAAAAAGUUACAAGUUGAAAGGCUUCUAAGAAACGUAGAGAAACAGAAUUGCUGAUGUAUAUAGCGUAUGUAAGCACUGAGCCCCCACUGUGCCAUUUUGACUGUUUCACUUCUGUCUAUAAAUGCUUACUGGCUUCUGAAAAGUAUUUUUAACACUGAGUAUUUACGUUUUCCUUGAACAACUGACUAAUAAAUGGAUGAAGUGGUUCAAUUCUUAAGAG